CCGCCUUGGACUAGCGACCGCACGCUCCUCUGCCAGCUCCUCUGCUACUCUCGCGCCUCCUCUGCCUGCUCCCACGACAUCGCCAGCAUGCUGACCGUAGAAGCUCCGCAGCACGCCGGCACGGCGCGGACGGCAGCCUGCCUCUCCACGCCUGCCCUGCUCGCCUUCGCCCUCUGCGCCACCGGAGCCGGUGCCGUCGCCUGGCAUCUCAACGCCGCCGCGCCCGCCGCCGCCCGCCCUGGCAUCCCGCUCUGCUCCAACUCGUGCUCCAAGCUCUUGGCGCACCUGAGCGCCAUCGGAGUCACCGACUAUACGGGCGAGGGCACGUGCGACGACGGAGGCAGCGGCUCCAGCUCGAGCGCCUGCCUCUACGGCACCGACUGCAGGGACUGUGGUCCCCGCAAGAGCCUCGAGCCGCCGCCGCCUCCGCCAGCGCCAAAGAGCUUGCCCAAGAUGGGCACGAUAACGCCGACGUCGACGACGACGAUUGCUCUCUUCUCGGGCGUCGGCGGGAAGGGCGGCGUGACGCUGUACAAGGGCGACAACGUCGGGAUCAUGAACGAGGGGGUCAAGGCGGCGGGGGUGAAGAAGGGGCUGCACCGGCUGGGCGAGGUGUCGAAGCAGCUCGGCCUCGAGCUCGAGCUCGGCUCGCCCCGCCGUCCCCGCCCCAUCCUCGCGCAGGACAGCGUCUCCCUGAAGGCGAUGAUCAACGGCUUUUCGGACGGGCGGGAGAGAGGCGCUCUCACUCGCACGCCGAAGGGCACGGGCCGCGCCGGUGACGCCCGGCGCUGGGCAUGCCGGCGCCGCCGCCGCCCGGCAUCGCGGCCAUGCUCAAGUCGGGCAUGGGCGACAAGUGGGGCUAGGCGGGAGCGGGGUGUGUGUGCGCAGGGUGUGAGUGAGACGCCUCCGCUGCUGCACUUCUUUGCGCGCCCUCUUCUGCGGCGCCGUCGUCAGCAGCCGCGCGCCAUCAGAGAGCAAGCCCAGUGUCGGUGGGGCGACUCUCGGUGGGGCGACUCUCGGUGCGGGGCGCGAGGGCGGCCGCGUGUGUUUGGGCGAGGCGGCGGGCCGUGGCGGGUGAGGUGUGGGAGAGAGCGGGACCUUGAGAGGGGCGUGUGUGCGUCUGCGACUUUGAUGGCUCUGAUACUACCUUAAGGUGUAUACUAAGUGGU